AUGUUAUCGCACACAAACACCUACAGCGUUCUGGAACUUUCUUUUAAAUCAAAUGAUUCUCCUUGGAGUCCCAGCAUUAAUGUUCCCUCUGACCUGAAGGAGCAUCAGUCUGUCACUGUAACCUGCUCAGCUUUCACUCCCUGUCCACACUCACCUCCUCAACUCACCUGGAAUCUCCAACAAGACUCUCUCAGACAAACAGAGAAAAACACAGAUGGAACCUUUACAACUAAAAUCCAGGAGAACAUCACUCUGUCAGACACACAUGAUGGAUACAACAUCAGAUGUUCUGCCAGAUAUCCUGUGAUUGGAGGAAACAAGACAGCAGAGACAGAAGUGACUCUCAGUGUUUCAUAUGCUCCUAGAAACACCUCAGCAUCCAUCAGUCCAUCAGGUUUGGUGUCAGCAGGUAGCUGGGUGGAGCUGAGCUGCUCCAGCAGAGCCAAACCUCCACCCAGAUUCACCUGGUUCAGGAUCAGCAAAGAUGGAGCCGUUAAUGUAUCUGUGGAGCAAGUUUACAAAUUAAAUGCUACUGAGGAAGAAGAGUAUUACUGUGUGGCCACAAAUGAUUUGGGUCAACAAAAAUCAUCUGUGAGUUUUGUUGGUAUUAAAGAUGAUCCAUCAUCUGGAUUCCUGAUCCUUAAUAUAUUGAAGAUCCUGGGCAUUGUAUUGCUCUGCAUUAGCAUCAUCAGCUUUGAGUGCUGGUUCAGAUUCUCCAAGACACCAAAGAAGGAAACAGAAGAGCUAACCUAUGUCAACAAUGUGAUGGAAACUAAAGCAUCAUGAGCCUCAAGGAGACCAGGAGGAUGUCAAGGCCUCUUCCUUGACUUUUAUCCAUCUGUUUUUCUGUCCAAUUGUUCCAAUUUAUUUCUGCAAGAAUCAGUUACUGAAAGGCUGGAUGAACCCUGAAUGGAUCUCCAGUCCAUCACAUCACCAUUCAUUGUGCUUUAGAUAUUUUUUGAUACUUAUCUCUACAUUCUAGUGUGUUACUUAUGGAGUAAAUAGUGAUGCUGUAGUGGAUAAUUGAGUUAUAAAUAAGGCCUAUAAAUGCU